AUGAACGUCGCACGAUUGGCCGUGCGACCUAGCGCAGUUGCGCGCACCACAGAGGUCUACAGCCUCGCUGGUCGCCAGUCCAUGAACGCUCCCUCUCUUCCUCGUUCUUCUCAUUUCAAGUUCUCGACCUCCACCCCUGCCUACUGCGCGAGCCAUAAAUCCUCCCCCACACCGUCCAGCGCAAAUACUUCCUCCGCUGGUCAAACUGACAAAGCCCGACCAGACCGCUUCUCUAGUGCCCUGCGGCAGAACAAGGAAUGGGCUGCCCAAACCGCUCGCGAACACCCUGACCUCUUCCCUACCCUCGCUACUGGACAACAACCCCAGAUCCUUUGGCUGGGAUGCUCGGACUCCCGUUGUCCCGAGACUACCCUUCUGGGUUUGAAGCCCGGUGAUGUCUUCGUCCACCGCAACAUCGCCAACAUCCUGCACCCUGGUGAUCUGAGCUCCGGUGCAGUCAUCGAGUACGCUGUGCAGCACCUCCGCGUGAAGCACAUUGUGGUCUGUGGCCACACUGCUUGUGGUGGUGUUGCCGCUGCUAUGGGUAACAAGCAGCUCGGCAUUCUGGACCCUUGGCUCCUGCCUCUGCGUCUGGUUCGUGAGCGAAACCUCACUCUCCUGCAGAGCCUGUCUCCUGACGAUGCGGCACUGAAGCUCGUUGAGCUGAACGUGCGUGAGGGUCUGGAUGUUGUGAAGCAGAAGGGUGCUGUCCUGACUGCUAUCCAGGAGCGUGGACUUCAAGUCCACGGUCUGAUCUACGAUGUUGCCUCCGGAGUCCUUCGUGAAUUGGAUACCCAGGACUCCGAGGAAGUUAUCAAGUCCCGGUUAACUGCUUUUGCUACCCAGGCAUAA